AUGCCUAGGCCAAAGGGGGUGUUGUUGUCUCCCUAUGAGAAAGAAGUUUUGAUUGAUCUUGUAGAAAAUAAUAAAAUAGUUGAAAGUAAAUGCAACAACGCAAAGGUACUAUUUCAGAAGGAGGAGGCCUGGAAGGAGAUAGUAUCAUCAUUUAACAGUCGGAUGGGUGUAACACAGAGAACUGAGAAACAGUUGAAAGACCUAUGGAAAAAUAUAAACGCCCGUGCGAAAGGACAGGUGGCCGCUGUAAGAAGGAGUAUGGCUAAAACUGGGGGAGGACUUAAUGAUGAGGCUGUAGAUACUUUCACGGAAAAAGUAUUUUCAAUGCUGCCGCAACAAAUUCAAAGCUUCAGUAACCCAUAUGAUGAUGAUGCAGAGUUUCAUCAGGAUGAGCAGGUAGAAAUGGUCAUUUUGAAUUCCACUUCCGGUGGCGCAUGUGGUGGACCUACCGAUGUCAUAGUACAGCCAGGGGAUUAUACACACAGACAGCGAGUAGCUGAAGAAACAACAGAAACAACCGGGUUAUUUUUAUGUAAAGAAACAACAAAGUCAGCAUGUGAUGUUAGAAAUAUGACGUCAUCCCAAUCGUAUGUGACUGAAAAAAGGAAAUCAAAAUCAGACAUUACAAAACCAGACAAAUUUAAGGAGGCUGCGUUAAGUUUGGCCGAGAAAGAGCACAGACAGAGGAUGAAUUUUAUGGCCGAAGAACAUAAAUUAAAAAUGGAAAUGCUUGAGGAGGACAGAGCAAGAAAAAGAGAGCUUUAUGAACUAAAAAAAGAAACUUUGCAGAUGAAGAGAGAAAAACUUCAAAGUGAUUCAUCAUCAUUGCCGGCAUCAUCGUCAUCAUUAUCACAGAAAUUUUGGCAACUAUUUUGA